AUGACCACCUUCUCCGCCCCUAUCCCAGCCACCGGAUCGUUGCCCACCAACCAGUCGGCGCUGGCGGCUUCUUUUACCGACUUCCUGACCGUCUCGGUCCACCAAAUACUUUUCCUUCGCUCCGUAUACCCGCGCGCGACUUUCCUCCCCGUCCGGGCUUACAACUACCCAGUCCGACAAUCCCGUCACCCAAAAGUGUGUGACUAUAUCAAUGAUGCAUCAAUCGCAGUCGGGACAGAAAUCUUGAAGGGCACAAUAACUGCAGUCAGUAUCAUUAUUUCAUCUCUCCGCACGAAUCAGCCCCUCGAACGAUAUGCCUUUGAUUUGUCGGGCUUCCCUCGAGCCCCUGCCGGAGAGGUAGACACUACAUUUGAAGACAGAAAUGCAGAUGAUACAUCCAGGCCAGAUGCUCCUCCCCCGGACCGUGGUCCUGCGCCAACCUCGGUCGACCUCGAGUCGCAAUUUCGAGCUUGUUUGGCUCGCCUUGCAUCCGCCUGUGCACGCCUGACCCCUUUGCCACGAGAUGACGAAUUCAGCUUCACUGUCUGCAUCGAAGUGCGCGAAGACGCACUGCCCCCGGCGGGCACCACCAAAGAAGAACAAACAUGGAUUGUGGCCGAACCCGGCAAGGUACACUUGCGAUCAUGCACCGCCCCAUAUUCCGUGUCAAAAUUGCGAAAUGGCGAGCCUCAAGAGCCCCCACCUCGGGUCUCAAAUGGCCGCGCCAAAACCGUGCCGGUACGACGCGUCGAAGCCGGAGAGCUGCGGUUAGAAUUAUGGGUGGAAGAGGCGCGACAGAAGUUUAACGAACCCGUUGAAUCAGAGCAACCGCCGUGA